AUGAUUUAUAUAAGGCCAAUGCAACGACAAACUAUCAUAUGUCGGAAUUGUACGGAUCGUGAACCAGAUUGUGGUGAAAUAUGUCGUGGACAAUGGUGUCAUGAGGAUUCGACAGCAGGAGCUGCUGGAUGCGGUUAUGGACCUCCAUCAUUACCUUAUUUUUACAAGGGACCUGAAUUAUUGUAUUAUCGAACACGAAUGUGUGUUACCGUUAGCAGAGGUUCCAGUUCUCCACGAAAAUAUUGCAUUUGUAAUACUAAUAAUUGUAAUAUUAUUUACAAACGUUCAAUGCCAUGGAAUAAUCAUCUGGAAGGAACUACACGAAUACGAUCUUUAUUUCUAAAUUCUAAAGAAAAUGAUAUUCCAGUAGCAUUACAUAAAUGUGUUAAUUGUGAAAUAAGUACGCAAGAUAUUAGAAUGAUUGCAUCAUGCAAACAAAAUCAAUGUAUUGGACAUUACUGUACAUAUGCAACACAACGAUUAUACAUUGGUAUUAAACAAUAUCGUACACAAAAAUCGAUUUUAAAUGAACGUCAAGGAUGUAUUAAUGUUACCGAUAAUCAUCAUAUCCAACUUGGUUGUUCGCAUAAAUGGAUGAGUAAUGAGGAGGAAGAGUUACAUUGUGCAUGUAUCGGUGAUCGUUGUAAUCGUGAUCUAGCAAUAGCAAGUCUUAAUAAUGCUAUUCGAUUGACCGUAAUUAUAACUGAACAUAUUACUGUGAUAUUUAUUUGUUUAAUUAUUUAUCCAAAUUUAUUAUUUUAA